AUGCCGUCCGUAGGACCUCAAUUACCACCCCACCUUUCUAAACGCAAGCGUACUCCAGAAGACGAAUCAGCAGAUUCUCCCGCCGCAAAGUUACGAGCUACAGAAGGAGCGCAAACCAACCAGGACGAAAUAGAUCUCGACAGCGAUGAUGAUGAUGGCUAUGGUCCACCUGCUCCUCAGCCAGCAUCGAAAGCAUCUAUAGGACCUACCUUACCGCCCUCAAACACAGAUGAGAUUAAAUUAGACGACAGUGACGACGAUGACAUCGGUCCAUCCGCUCCACCGCCACCUAUGAAUGCUCGACCAUCUAUAGGACCUACUCUCCCGCCCACAAACCGGGAUGAAACCCAAUUAGAAGACAAAAACAACUCUUCCGACGACGAGGCUGGACCAGCACCACCUCCAGCCCCUCCAUCCGCAAAACGCGUCCACGGCCCCGCUCCUCCACCCGCCCCCCUCUCCGAGCGACCAACCACAUCCACCAACUCAGAUUCGGACGACGACGACGACGACGAUGAUGACUACGGCCCCGCCCUUCCAACAUCAACCUCCCACAUCCAACGCCAAACCCAAGCCCGCGCCGCCGAAGAAGCCGCUCGCGCAGCCGCAGCAGCCGCCGGCCCCCAGCGCGACGACUGGAUGCUCGCGCCCCCAACCGCCAGCGGAUACCGCGCGCCGGACCCAACCAAGCUAAAAAACCGGCGUUUCGCAAGCGGCCCGCGAACGGCGUCCAGCGCCGCGCCCAGCAACGAGAUCAGCAGCAUAUGGACGGAGACGCCCGAGCAGAAGCGCAAGCGCCUUGAGAACGCCGUCCUAGGGCGCACCGACGACACCACGCAGGCGCGGACCACGAGCAGCGGCCAUGGUGGUACGGGUAGUACCGUCGCUGCCGCAGACGCCCCGCUAUCGAAAGAAGCCCAAGAGCAGCAGGACCGCGUGCGCAGCUACACCGAGGCGACGCGCGGCCGCAGCCUGUACGAAGAGCACCAGGCGUCGCGGCAAGGGCGCAAACUGCAGACCGACGAGGAGGAAGACGAUCCGAGCAAGCGCGCCUUCGACCGCGAGAAAGAUAUGAAGCUCGGCGGGCGCAUCGGCACCGCGCAGCGCCGGGAAUUGCUGAAUCGCGCUGCGGAUUUCGGCGGGAGGUUUGCGAAGGGGAAGUACCUCUAG